AUGGCUCAUGGGUUCACGGUUACGGCCGUUCUAGCAAUUUUACUGGUGUGCAUUCCUCUUUCACUGGCCAAUGAUCCUCCAAGCGGGCAACCCUCGGGAUUGCCGCAGCAGUCCCAAGCCGUCCCGGGCUCACAGCUUAGAAAUAAUGCAACCUCGCCGUCAUCUGUCGAUCAGCAACCGUCCAACCAGGCUCCAUCACGAGCGUCGCCGCCAGUGCAGGCCGAAUUGUUCGCACAUUCGCCGGCUGAAUCCCCGCCGUCCUUGAAUGAUCGACAAUCUGCCAGCACUGCAAACGCGCCGGCAUCCCAGCCAUCCGCGGAGCCACCGGCGCAGCAGCUUCCGCAGCUGUCGUCUCCCCCACAGGCUCCGCCUGCUGGAAGCCGGACAGAGCCGAGCAGUGAUGCGCGGAAUAACGCUCCCGCUGCGCCUGCUUUUCCGGAAGCUGCGCCUCCGCUUUCCCCUGCAGGGGGAGAAACCGUGAGCGGAGCGCCGGCGCAAGAGAAGGGGGGCGCGGAAGCGUCGCGCGAGGAGGCGGAGCAGCUGUCGACGACAUGCGGGCUGACGGACUACAUCAGACAGUCCGGCGCAUGUGACAGCAAGGGGCGGCGCACAGUGUCGUUUGUGAAGGCGCGCAACUGCACCGAUCCGUUCCCCGUCCAGCCCUCGCAGCAGGAGCCGUGCACAUGCACGCCGGAGGACUUUGAUGUCGUCUACACGGCCUCGCGUGAUGGUGCCACGUGCAACAUGCAGUACCUGCCACGCAACUGCACGGGAGCACAGCAGUCACAGCUCAUCCCAGUGGACAAGGUCUACUGCGGGCUACCGAAUGCGCCAUGCACAGAGGCGCACGUGGACGCCAUCUACUCCGACUGUGACUUCAUCCGUGACUCCCUCACUGGCCUCAACAUCUCUGCCACGCGUUUCGUUGAGGUGAUCUAUUUCUUCCGCCAGGAGUGCGACCCCUACAGACGAGGCUCCAUUCACCUGCCCCCCACCACCUUCAUUCCCUGCGACAUGCAGUGCGGGGCGGGGCACUACCUGCACCACGACCACUGCCACAAGUGCCCUGCAGGCACGUACAGCAUGGGGGGGAAGUGGCGGUUCCAAGACAUAUCUGAGAUCGACCCCCUCUACUUCAAGACGGAGUGCAGGUUCACCAACGCCUCUGGCACCUUCCACUGCGACCCCUGGUACGCGGAUGAUGGUGCGUUUGAGGCGGGUGCAUACGACUACAUCAACGACUGGCUCCCGGAGGUGUGUGCAUCGGACCCGGCGUACAACUGCCACAACAACCUGCUCUCAUCACUCUCCCUCGACGUGCACCUCGUGCGAGACGGGUACGUGAAGUUCAACUUCACAGUGAGUGCGGAGGUGGGGCACGACGGGCUUGCCUUCUACAUCGACUCUCUCUCACAGCCCCUCAUGGCCCUCACCUCCUACCAGUUUGAGCCGCGCGAGAUGGUGUUCCCGGUGGAGGCGGGGCAGCACCGCCUGGUGUGGGUGUACAGCAAGGAUGACAAGUGGAGCAAGGGGGAAGACAUCGCCACCAUCCCGGUCAGUUGA